UUAUGUGGUUUUCUUACAUUUAAAGCUUCUUAUCAGAGUUUGUGUCCAGAUGUUGGAUUUGUUGCACAGCUGUUGUCUUCUCUUAAAACAAGUUUUCACUUCCUGUCUGUGACACAAUGCCUUCUUUAUUGAACAUUUACUGUAGCAAAUGUGAGUCAGUAGCAGCAGAAGACACGAGCAGCUGAACGUUGACCUCUUUUCCUGGUAUUUCACAAUACUGGUGCUGUCAGGACGACGGCUCUGCUGGAUGUUUCCUGAGCUCCUGCGGACUGAAAUCAGGAACCAGGGAGCGCACUGAUCUCUACAGAGUGGAAAUAGUUUCUCCUGUGUCAGAAAUGAAGAGAGUCGUGUCCUUUCUGAUCAGUGUCUACGUCUCAGUGCCCGUCAUUGUCUACCUGUUCCCCUGGAUACUCGGUCAUAUCAUAUUUGCUCACCUGGUGAGGUUUCCAUUCUUCGUGGAUCUCAGCAGACCUGAGGAUGUCCUGAACCACACCAGUAACUUCUACCUGGACACUGAGGAGGGCGUCUCGGUGGGAGUGUGGCACACUCUCCCAGCCAGCCAAUGGGAGAAGGCCGCCGGGAGAAGCCCUGAGUGGUACCGGGAGGCCCUGGGAGACGGCAGUCCUGUUAUUAUCUUUCUCCAUGGCAACAUAGGGACCAGGGCGUUAAAACACAGAGUGGAACUGGUGAAGAUCUUGAGUUCUACAGGUUACCACGUCUUAUCUUUAGACUACAGAGGUUUUGGAGAUUCCAGCGGGGAGCCCAGUGAAGCAGGACUGACCAGAGACACCCUCUAUCUGUACAAGUGGGCAAAGAAACACAGCAGAGGGAGUUUUGUCUGUCUGUGGGGACACUCGCUCGGCUCUGGCGUGGCAACGAAUACAGCAGUGAAAUUACAAGAGCAAGGUUCUGCAGUCGAAGCUAUAAUCCUUCAGGCUCCGUACACAAGAAUAGGAGAAGUUGUAACCAACCAUCGGAUCACUAAGCUGUACAGGUUCCUUCCAGGAUUUGAGAGUUUGGUUUGGUACCUAAUGGAAAAGAACAACAUAGAGUUUGAUAACGCUAAAAAUUUGCAGACACUGACUAGCCCACUUCUUAUUCUGCAUGCAAAGGAUGACAACCUUGUUCCGCAUCACAUGGGUCUGAAGCUGCACCAAAUCUCCCUCCAGGCUCGGAAGAAACUCAACACAGAUGCUCCCAUUGAAAUGAUCUCUUAUGAUGCAAAUCUUGGAAUCUCCCACAGCAAGGUCUAUUUGGAUCCCAAUUUGUCAGAUGUGGUUAGGAAGUUUCUAGAAAACUUGAGGCAGUAAAGUGGCAUUCCUUCCUCUGGAUUUCUUACAUCAGCUGUUGUUGCGUACUUUGUGAAAUAAUGCUCAAAUUCCAAUUCAAACUGUUCAUUUUUUCACCAUAUGUCAUAUUCACCACAUUGUCAUGUCUUCUGAAACUUGUUUUAGUUUUGCAGAUAAAUACUAGAAAUACUUUGAAGUAUAGACAGGUUUGUGUCUCAGUAAUGCCACAAAGUUGCAAGAAUGCAAUAUAAAAAAUUAAUUUGGAUCCCAAUUUGUCAAAUGUGGUUAGGUGGGUUACAAUGAUUAAUAAUUACGUUUUGGAAUCAGUUGUACUGAAAAACUGUCUAAAAGUAAAUCGGGGUUUUUCCUGCUUAGAUAUACUUUUAGUGCCAUCAAGGGACGUUCUCCAGCACCAAAAUCAUAAGAAUUGUGAUUAAAAUGUGUAUUUUGGGGGUUUGAUUAGGGUAUAGAUAAUGUCAUUGUUUACAUUGCAGAAAAUGUAAAUAUUUCUGUCAAACAAAGGUAACAGGCUCAUUGCCUUUCACUCUAUGCAGACGUCAUCAGAAAACUGAAUUUUACCACAAAAAUGCACGUCAUCUGAAACUUGAAAUAAAAGCACUUCACAUUGUA